AUGAACAAAAACUGGAACGAUAAGGCCGACAAGGACCUGUUCUUUACCAUUUUGCAAGUUAAGAAUAUCGGCGUCAUCAGCGGCUCAGAAUGGGUGACGAUAGGCAACCAUAUGCGCUCACUCGGCUACGGCUUCACCAAUGAAGGAUGCCGUCAACAUUUCCAAGGCUUGCGUCGUGCCCAAGCUAAAGCCGAGCAAAAUGGCCUGCAGAAUCCUGCUGUCAGGAACAUCGAUCCUACCAUAAACCCUAUCACCCGUAGGCCAGGUCCCGGCAGGGGUCGUCCGAGAAAGUCGGCAGCUAAUACCAAUGCCGAUCCAAAUGCUAAUGCCGCUGCCGCUGCUAAUGCCGCCGCCGCUGCGAACCCCGCCGCGAACCCCGCCGCGGCUCCUGGACCUGAACCAGCGGCUCCUGGAGUCCCGAUUGCCCCAGCUCCUGCUCCGGCGCCCGUUGAAGCCCCGCAGCCUGGUGCCAUCCCUCCACAGGGUUCUGUCCCUGUCGGGCCCGCGCCGGACCCGCAAGGAGCCCCGGCCACUCCGGCUCCACCUGGAGCUGUUCCUGGCUCAUUUGUACCCCCUCCCGGGGCGUCUCCAGCCCAUCCUGCUUUUGCUCAACCCCAAGCGAGACCAUCUGCUGCUCCUAGGCCUACGCAAGGCCAGGCCCCAGCGGCUGCCCCGGCCCCGCCGCCGGUGGCGACGGCACAAACAAGCCCAGCUCAGGCUCGUCCUGCGCCGGUGCCUGCUAUUACCGUAAACAACAAUGCUGCUGCCGCUGCUGCUCCUCAAAUAGCUAUCCCUACCCCAGCUCCAACUACUUCUGCCCCUCCAGAGACGAAUGACGAUGAGGAGACAGAAGAGCGCGCAGCCAAGCGUCAACGGUUGAGCGAUGAUACAGGCAGCCGGGAGGGGUCCCUCGAGGAUGAGGCCGUGUUGAAUGCUUUGACGAGUGCCAACAAUGUGGAAGGUACGCCUGGGGAUUAUCAGACCGAGUAA